AUGGUUAAUUUUACGGUUGACAAGCAACACUUUGAAUUAUUGAAAGAGCUAUACAUCCGUGGGUUGAAGGAUCAUGGAGCUGAACAGCCGUUUCAACAUACUCUUUAUUAUCUGGCAGUUCUGCUUGCUGAACAAGAGUGGACCAAAGAUGAACUCCUGGAUGCCACUGAUCAUAUUACAUUGGAGAAAUUCGAAGCAUUUGUGCCUCAGUUAUUGUCAAAAAUGCAUGUAGAGAGUUUGAUCUAUGGGAAUUUGACGAAAGCUGAGGCGUUGGAGAGUGUACGGCUCGUUCAAUCGAAAUUAACAGCUGAUCCAACGAAUCGGGGCAACAGAACACUAGUACCUCUGUUACCUAAACAAUUGUUGCCGUAUCGGGAAAUUAAUCUUGAAGAAGGCUGUCAUUUUCUCUAUGAGGUAGAGGAUCAUCAUCACAAGUCAUCUUGCACCCAAGUUUAUUAUCCGAGUGGAUUGCAAUCAACGGAUUCCGACAUGCAGUUGGAUCUGCUCGUACAAAUAAUAUCGGAGCCGUCCAUUACAGUUUUGCGAACCAAGGAACAACUGGGGUACAUCGUUUUUUGUGGAGUACAGAGGAGUAAUGGGGCCCAAGGGUUGACAGUCAUUGUGCAGGGUCUUAGACAUCCUCAGUAUGUCGAGGAGAGGAUAGACGCAUGCAUGGAGUCGAUGUUGGAGCGAUUGGUCGAUAUGCCGGAUGAUGAACUUAACCGGCAUAAGACUUCACUUGCUGCUCAUAGGCUCAAGAAGCCCAAUACGAUGACCAGUUUGUUCAAGGUUUUCUGGAAUGAAAUCUCUACCCAGCAGUAUAAUUUUGAUCGCGUUACAAAUGAUGUCGCAUAUCUUAUGAAGAUUAAUAAGGAGCAGAUCAUUAAUUUCUUCAAGGAGGAUGAGGUUCAGGAAUUAAACGUUUAUUAA